UUUACACCAGCCUGUGGGAGGAGCAGCAGGCGCAGUUGGGUCUAGUAGAAUACGUCGUCGAGUGUAUAAUCCGCAAGCGUCAUCUGCAGACAAAGAUCUGAGACCCCCUAAGAUGGAUGAACUACGGGACCUCCAGAAUCAAACUCUAGCAUUAGAAGAGGCCGUUGUUGUGGAGUACGGGGAAAAUGGAGAAAUAGUGAAGCCUUUUACCAAUCCUAGAAGUAGGGAAGAAAGUCGUGGAUCAUCUUCACAGCGCAGUAGUGGAAGUCCCUCGUUGCAAGAAGAGGAACUGCAACUACUUCAUGUAAAAAAGGCUAAAAAGGGAAGGAAAAAGAGUAAGAAAACUGCAGAUCGUGGUGAUCGGGAUCGCAGUAGGAGCAGGAAGGAGACGAGGAGGAACCGAAAUAACGGGGAUGAUCGGAGUGACAGAGGCG